AUGGUAAACAAAGUCUUCCAGUCUCAGAUAGGCCGAAAUCUGGAGGUAUACGUGGACGACAUGAUUGCAAAGAGCAAGCAAGCAUCUGAACAUGCUGCAGACCUCCGAGAAACAUUCACAACCCUCCGGAGACACCAAAUGCGACUCAAUCCAGAUAAAUGCGUGUUUGGAGUUACUGGAGGAAAGUGCUUUGGUUUCCUUGUUGACGAAAGAGGGAUAGAGGCAAACCCCGACAAAAUUAAGGCAAUCCAAGAUAUGAAGUCCCCCAGAUCCGUAAAAGAAGUGCAGAAACUAACAGGGUGCCUAGCAGCCUUAGGGAGAUUUCUAUCCAAAUCCGCGGACAAAUGCUCCCCCUUCUUCAAAACCCUAAAGCAAAGCAAGUUCGAAUGGACGAGAGAAGCAGAAGAAUCAUUCCAGGAGUUGAAGGAACACUUGUCUACCUUGCCGAAAUUAGUAUCGCUCAUCAAAGGGGAGAAGCUAGUCCUAUAUGUCUCUAUCUCCGAAUACUCGUUAUCCGGAGUACUAGUGGCGGAAAGAGAAAAGAAACAGCUUCCAAUAUACUAUGUGAGUCAUGCAUUCCGGGGCUCAGAGGGGAACUACUGCGAAGUGGAAAAGAUUCUGGAAGGGAAAAAUAAGUCAAGCCGCGUUACAGAUUGGGCAAACCAGCUAGCAGAUUUCGGAAUCGAGUAUGAGCCCCGUACAGCAGUCAAAGCCCAGGCUCUGGCCGACUUCAUUGCCGAAAAUACUCUUCCCCAUCAUCCUGAACCCAAUCAAGAUUGGAAGUUGUAUGUAGAUGGGUCCUCGACACAUUUAGCAAGUGGGGUUGGACUCCUCAUUGAAUCGUCCGCCGGGGUCCGUAUGGAAAGGGCGGUAAGAUUCGAGUUCACGGCGUCCAACAAUGAGGCUGAAUAUGAAGCAUUAUUGAUGGGGCUGAAAAUCUGCUACGAGGCAGGGGGUAAAAUAUUGUCCGCAUUUUCUGACUCCCAACUAAUAGUUGGACAAGUAAAUGGAGAAUUUGAGGCCAAAGAUGAAAGCAUGAAAAUGUACUUACAGCAAGUAAAGGAAUUUGUUCAGAAAUUCGACAAAUUCACUUUAGUCCAUAUCCCAAGAUCCCAAAAUGCACAAGCCGAUUCCUUGGCAAAGCUGGCUAGCUCAGCCGAAACAUCCCCGGCUCGCGACAUCAUCUGGGAAGUACUUCCAAACCCUAGUAUCAAUCUCCUGGUCAGCACCAUUGAUAGAUCAGAAAUAUGGAUGGAUCCCUACAUCAAGUUCUUGCAGAAUCAGACGCUUCCCCAAGAUGAAAAUCAGGCAAGAAUGGUCCAGAAAAAGGCCAGAUGGUUCGAACUCCACGAAGGAACGCUCUAUAAAAAGUCAUAUACACAUCCCCUUCUGAAAUGUGUUUCUCCUGAAGAAGGAAACUACAUCCUUCGCGAAAUACACGAAGGCGGAUGUGGUAUACAUCAAGGAGCGCGAACUGUUGUAGGAAAGGUUCUCAGAAGCGGAUAUUAUUGGCCCUCACUCAGGAAUGACGCGGAAACCUUAAUCAAAAGAUGUCCUGAAUGUCAAUACCACUCAAAGAUUAGAAGGAAGCCAUCAAAUUACUUGACCGCCAUGCAAGCCGUCCUGCCUUUUGACAAAUGGGGCAUGGAUCUCCUCGGCCCCUUCCCACCUGCCAAGGGCCAAAGAAAGUUCAUCAUUGUGGCUAUCGAUUACUUCACCAAGUAUGUGGAAGCAGAGGCUCUUAGCUCCAUCACAGACAAGCAAGUCUGUCAGUUUAUAUGGCGAAAUAUUAUCACAAGAUACAGCAUCCCUCGUGUGAUCAUAACAGACAAUGGAAGGCAAUUUGUUAGCAAGAACACCAUCGAGUACUGCAACAGGUUCAACAUCCAAAUCAGGUUCAGUUCUGUAUCUCGACCUCAAACUAACGGGCAAGUUGAGUCCGCAAACAAGGAAAUUCUCAACGGUAUCAAAAAGAAGAUAGAGGGGUGGAAAUGGGCGUACCCUCUACACGGGUCACCUACUACUCACACGCCGAGAAUGAGGAAGGAAAAAGAACAAACCUAG